UGUGCGUGUGUGUCGCGUGUGUGUGUGUGUGUGUGUGUGUGUGUGUGUCGGGCGGCGGGAGCCGGCCCGCGUCGCCUCAGGGGGCGCGGGUUCCCGGCCGUGUGCGUGUGGGGAGGGGGACGGAGUCGGGGACCCCAGAGCGUCGUGGUCCUUCCGCUUCGAGGCCGGGGCUCGGAGCCUCACAGACUAAUAGGGAUGCCAAAGGAAAAAUAUGAUCCUCCAGAUCCUCGCAGAAUUUACACCAUCAUGUCCGCAGAGGAGGUAGCCAAUGGGAAAAAAUCUCACUGGGCAGAGUUAGAGAUCUCGGGUAGAGUGCGGAGCUUAAGUACAUCACUCUGGUCAUUAACACACUUGACAGCACUGCACCUAAAUGACAAUAACCUUGCUCGCAUUCCACCUGAUAUUGCCAAGCUUCAUAAUCUGGUUUACCUGGAUCUGUCAUCCAAUAAACUCAGAAGUUUACCAGCAGAACUAGGAAACAUGGUGUCUCUCAGGGAAUUGCUUUUAAAUGACAAUUAUUUACGGGUGUUGCCUUAUGAACUUGGCCGGCUCUUCCAGCUACAAACUCUAGGUUUAACAGGCAAUCCUUUAUCACAGGAUAUUAUGAGCUUAUACCAGGACCCAGAUGGAACCCGAAAGCUACUGAACUUCAUGCUUGACAAUCUUGCAGUUCAUCCAGAGCAGCUUCCUCCGAGGCCAUGGAUUACAUUAAAAGAACGAGACCAAAUUCUGCCAUCAGCAUCAUUCACGGUUAUGUGUUACAAUGUGUUAUGUGAUAAAUAUGCUACCAGGCAGCUAUAUGGCUAUUGUCCGUCCUGGGCAUUAAACUGGGAAUACAGAAAAAAGGGAAUUAUGGAAGAAAUUGUUAACUGGGAUGCAGAUAUCAUUAGUCUUCAGGAAGUGGAAACAGAGCAAUACUUUACUCUCUUUCUGCCAGCAUUGAAGGAUCGUGGAUAUGAUGGAUUUUUUUCUCCAAAGUCACGUGCCAAAAUCAUGUCUGAGCAGGAAAGAAAGCAUGUGGAUGGUUGUGCAAUAUUCUUCAAAACAGAAAAAUUUACAUUGGUGCAGAAGCAUACAGUGGAAUUCAACCAGGUAGCAAUGGCAAAUUCAGAUGGAUCCGAAGCAAUGCUAAACAGAGUAAUGACGAAAGAUAACAUUGGCGUUGCUGUGGUGUUAGAGGUCCACAAGGAGCUUUUUGGAACAGGUAUGAAGCCUAUUCAUGCUGCAGACAAACAGCUGCUUAUAGUGGCAAAUGCCCACAUGCAUUGGGACCCAGAGUAUUCUGAUGUGAAACUUAUUCAGACCAUGAUGUUUGUCUCAGAGGUUAAAAACAUUCUGGAGAAAGCCUCAAGUAGGCCUGGCAGCCCAACUGCAGAUCCCAAUUCCAUCCCGCUGGUGCUAUGUGCAGAUCUUAACUCAUUGCCAGAUUCAGGUGUUGUGGAAUAUUUAAGCAACGGUGGAGUAGCUGACAACCAUAAAGACUUCAAGGAACUAAGGUACAAUGAGUGUCUUAUGAACUUCAGCUGUAGUGGAAAGAAUGGAAGCUCAGAAGGGAGAAUCACACAUGGCUUCCAACUUAAGAGCGCCUAUGAAAAUAACUUGAUGCCUUAUACCAAUUACACCUUUGAUUUCAAAGGUGUGAUUGACUACAUUUUCUAUUCCAAGACUCAUAUGAACGUGCUUGGUGUCCUGGGGCCUUUAGAUCCUCAAUGGCUGGUUGAGAACAACAUCACUGGGUGUCCACACCCUCACAUCCCUUCAGACCACUUCUCACUGUUAACACAACUUGAACUCCACCCUCCACUCCUGCCUCUUGUCAAUGGUGUUCACUUGCCUAAUAGGAGGUAGUGGAGUACAGCCCCGCAGAGACGGGGAUCUGUUGCUAUGGACCUGUACAGUUGUAAAUCAAAGUAUGUAGGAGUGAAGUAUGGCCAUCUUUAACGCUGCUUCUUCAGGUUCCUUUCACUAUGUGUUUGCUAUAAGACUUUGUAUAUUUUUGUGCAUACUGAUAUCAUUUGGCACUAGGGCUGGAACCAAAGUAUUGCUGUCUGUCUGUAUCUAUCCAAAAGUUUAAUAUACUUUAAAAUUGGAUUUAUUUUCCUAUUAUAUUAGGAACCAACAUUCACAAUUGAUAAAUCACUAAUUUGAGACCCCACACCAAUGUUGUUCUCUAAAAACAAAUACAUUCUUUUGAAUGUUUUCAAAUAAGCCAAUCAUUUUUGUAGAAGGUGAUUUUUUUAAAAAAAACUCCAAAUACUAGAUUUUCAAUUGAAUGAUGGUAUGCCUUAUAGGAAAAACUUUGAGUUUCUGUUUUCUUUCAUAACAAGCUGACUUUUGGCUCUCAAGUCAUUUGCACAUUAUCAAAGCACUUAAAUUUGCUUGAUUUGUACAUUAAAUAUGAUAUAGCCACUAGCUAUAACAAGACAGUUUGAGAAAUGAAAGACAAUUGCAUAACAUGCUUUAAAAUCAAGCAUAGUAUGUGACAGUUUGUUGGCCAAAUGCUGGUUGUUUUGUUUGAGGAAUCUUUUCUCUUCUCUUCUUUCUUUUUUCCUUUUCCCUUUCUCUUUUUUCUUUUUUCUUUUCUUGUCUGCCUAUUAGUCCUAAUCUUUUUAGAAGUAUUAACUUUAAGCCCAUCUCUCAAGUUCAUUUAUAAGGAAAUAGCAGAUAAUACUGCCAUAUAUCUUGAAAGUAAAAUUUGGUAUUUUUAGGAUGCCCACAAAAUUAGUGUCUGGUAUUUUUCAUUUUCGUGCCCAAACUUUUAUUUUCUGUCCGGUUGUACUGGAAAAAUAUGAUCUAUAUCUUUACCACUGCAGUUUAACACUUAAGGAAAAUUGCUGAAUGAAAAGCCCCUGGUCAGUUUCAGAAAGGGAAAGCCAGAUAAUAUUAUACAUGUUUUCCAAAGUAAGUAAAAUGGCUCUUUGUUUGUUGUUUGGGUUUUUUUGUUUCGUUUAAGGUAACAGUAGAGAUGAUUUGGAGGAAAGGACAGAUUUGGGGACGUAAUUGAAAACCUUGGAUCAUUUUUUCUGACUCUAGCUGCCAAAUGGCCAUCAUAUGCUUUUAAUCUUCGUUGCCAUACUGUCUAGAUUUGAAUUAAGCUACUGUUUUAUUCCCAAAGUUUGAUGCCUCUAGAUGUAUUGGGAACCCCACCACCACCACCAUUUAUUGUUGGCCAGGAGGUGCCACUUGAAAAUCUUACUUAAGAGGCAGAGAGCAUAAACACCAUUUGUGGGGAGAAAAUUAGUUGGCAAAAUUAGAAAAUGUUAAUUAUGGCACAGUAACAUUGGAAAAGGUUGUGUCUGUGUUUUUAAGUUUUUCUUUAUUCUGCUUUUUUGCUGCUAUAAGAGUUUUCUGAAAUUUAUAUUGUAAACUUUUCAUGCACUUUACUGUUUCUAGUAUCAAAAUGUGAUAUUUUUAAUAAACAAGAAAUUUUCCAUUAUGUGAUGAAAUUUAAAAAGAAAAUAACCUAUAUUUGUGUCUCACUAAUAUAUAAAGUACAAGUCAAAUUUAAAUUAUUUAAUUAGCUUUAAAUAUAUACAAAUUGUCUCCUCUUCCAAACCUGACCUCUUAGGCUGUUUUAUUAGUCUUAAAUGAUACAUUUCCUGUGGUCAUUUUAUACUAAUUUCUUCCAUAGUUUACUGAUCAGGCUAUAUAAAAGAAUAUUUCCCGAAGGGUAAUUUUAGUGGGAUGAGGGUGGUGGGGUGAUGUAAUAUCACGCAGGAUUGCAUCAAGAAGAGCUCUGUAAAGCCUAAACUCCCUUUAAAAAGUGCCUAGUGACAGAGGCGUUGUCAUCUAUUGUAAUUGGAAUGUCAUUGUAGUUCAGCAAAGUUUGAUGUAAAUAAAAUAUUCUUUUAAAAAUGUUAAAGUACCUGAAUAAACAAACAAAAGAAACCCUUGAUGACAGAUUUUCCUCAGUGUUCAGGUAUCCCUUCUUAUAUACCUCAAGCAUCCAACAUCUAGCCAUGAAGAUUGAUUACCUGACGCAUAGUACUGGAAAGUAGAAUAGCAUGAAAAACUUAACUGUGUGGACAUUACCUUUUUCUGUAAUCAGCUACUGUCUGUUUAAUUUUCUUCUGUUUCGGGUGGGUUUUCUUCUCUGGAGGUAUGUGCACUAACAGAACACCCUUCUUUUUUUCAUAGAUGCAUGUUAAUUAGCAAUGUGAGCAAUAUUUCCUACCAUACUUCACUCCCAAUAUUUUUGAGAUGUUUGUAUAAAAUGAAAUUUAAAGUUCACUUAUGAUUGUAUAUGAACCACAGAGGAGCCCAUUUAUUAAUACAAAUCUUUUUUAAUAGUUAAAUGUAGAGGGGAAAAUAAAAAAAAAAUGGGAAACAUUGUAAACAGCUUAAGUUUAUUUUGUGUAUGAUCGAGGCACUCUGUUGCAAGAAGGUGUGUAAUUGGGUCUCUCUGCUUCCAAAUGCACUCUUUCAACCCAUUCAUUAUCCUGUGUAUUUUAAUGUGGUUUUCGUAAAUGUUGGUAGUAGCUCUGUUGAAGUAGGUGAUUGUGUUUUGUUUUGGGUGGCACACACCUAGGGCAUGUUAUCCCAAAUUUCAUGUGCACGGUUUCCCUUUAGCCUCUUGCCCAAAUUUAAUACACUGUUUCCCCUCGUUCCCUUUGUAAAAGGAGUGGUAUCUUGUUUUGAGCUGCCAGUUCAGAUGAUCAGAAAUGCUGCUGUCCUCAGCAUUGUCUUGUUAAAUGCAUGCCAUUUGGAACUUUGGCAGUGAGAAGCCCAAAGGACAAGGUGAAUGACAUGGUAUAUAUUCAAUAAAAGUGAAAUAUAUAUGCUCAUAUACUUUCUAGUUCUCAGAAUAAGUUAAUAAGCUUUAUGCCUUUGGGCUGCUGCAUAUUUUAUCUGAUAAGAGAAAAUUUGGGCAUUUUUAGAUUGUGCUAUGUAUUUUUUUAAAUGUUCAAUAUGAUUUCUGGUAAUUGUCUUAAGAACUGGAGUGUUAAGUUUAUUAAAAUGGUGUUGUUAGAAGAAGGGGAAACUGCACUGUUUGCCAUUAUAAAAGUAAUACAAGUGCAUGUCCCGUCACCCACUGUCAGGCAUCAGUAUCCUCAUAGCUUUACACACUCUGAUGGGGAAUAUUGCAGCAUUCUCAGGACUGACAUCUGGAAAAGGCUCAAAUCACUUACUGCUCCUUGCUUGUUGACUUUGUUUUACAAUAUUGUGCCUGGUGUCAACUUUUAAGCAACAGCACUGCCUAAAAGCAAGCAGAGAACAGAAUCCCAGCACCGUUCUAUAGGCAACUUUUUAGAAUUCAGAUACAGUAAAUCUGUUCAAGAUUUAUGAUGUUUUAUGUAAAAAAAUUUUGUACUACAUAGCUGAAUAUUUUUGUUUGAUUUAUUUGAUGUAAGGCGUGUGAACAUUCAUUUGAAUAUCACAUGUUAAAGUCAGGUAUGGCACAAUGGGCUCUGAGACCAGCUUCCCCCUGCCCCCCCCCCCAUUUGCCUUGUUCUAAUCUUUCUUUUCAAAUUGCGUUUCUGGUAUUCAUAAGCUGAUAUUUAAUUUUACUAAUAAGCAUCCUGUGUGAAUGUACUUUAAAAGCCACUAUGUUUUAGUGUUAUAGUUUGUAGAAUUAUGAAACUUACCCUUCUCCCCCUCCUUUUUUUUUUUUUUUUUUUUUUUUGUCUUAAAGUCAUAAAUCACUGAGAAGGGAGAAAGUUAAAAUUUAAGACUCAUAUCACUUGAAUCUGUGGCAGAUUAUGUUAAAAUUGAGGGUGUGGCAAUUAAACCUAGAACAUGGACAAUAUUGUGCUGUUUAAAAAUUCUGUCUCCUGAGUAUGUCUUGUCAAUAGGUGAAAUUUUAAGUCUGUAUUGUACUUCCAAGAAUUCGUAAAAAUCGCAAAUACCACCUGUAUACUCAUAGCAAAUAGCAAAGGGAAGGGAAAGUACACAGAAACAAUAGGUCAGGGAUGUUCCUUGAAGGGGUUAGAGAACGUCAUCUCUAUUUCCUAGUGUUAAAAUUUGAUGUUGGCUUAAUACCGAUUUAAAAUUUCAUCUUUUAUAUUCUUGUGUUUUUUUUGAAAUAUUUUAAUAGUUUUGCAAAGUAUACUAACUGGUUUGUAGCUUCAGUCACAGAAAACAAAUUGUAUUUCAGUAAUGGUCCUGUAGCAAGCAAGAAUCCUUUGUCACAUGUUCUAAGUAACAGACAUUUUGACUGAAAUGUGAGCUGUUGUGUUUGUAAGGUUUUCUUCUUCUCUCCACCCAUAAAACCCAAAGUAACACCUUUCUAACGUGUUAAAAAUUUGUUUACCGACUUUCAUUUGGUUUGUAUCCUAUUUGUAUGACUUUUGUGUAUUAGAAGUAGAUAAAUUAGGUAGAGACAUUAGACUUAUUUUUCUAAAUCAGGAACUUAAACUGAAGCUUUGAAUUUGUAGACAGAGAACAUUUAUGCUUAUGAUUGUUCUGGAAGAUUUUAAUUUCUGUGAAUGCACCAUGAUUCCCAAAUUUAAAAUUCAAACACAAGUAAAUGAUAGUACAUCUUUAACCUGCUUAUUUACCAAAGUUUAAGAAUAAGGUGCCAAGAGCAUCUUUCAUAAUUGUCACCUGAAUGCUUAAAACGAUUAAAGAAAACCCUUAUGUGUUCUGAGCAAGAGCCACAGAAAGAAAACUAGGAAGGGAAGCAGAAGGGCGGGAGCCUGCUCAGGAAGAGGAUACGGAAGAGCAUGUAUGCUUGUUCUGACCAAAGGCAUUCAUGUCAAUGUCUCAGGUAAAAGGCCUGUAGGAAGAAGCAGAUUCCAGGGAAAGUUUUAUUAACCCAGUAAUUUUGGCAUAAGUUUGGUUAACUUGGUUUAUUCUAGACUUGAUUUAUUUUUGGAUCCAAAGGACAGACUGAAAGUACUCUUUAUUUAGUAAGAUAAGCUAAUUUUCAAAGGAUAUGAAUUAAGGGCGUGCCUACUAAAUGUUGACUUCUAUGGUGCAGCCUAUAAAACAAAUAGCACUGAACUGAAAUUAGAAGUGUGCCAUCAGAAGCCAUGACACCUGGAGUGGUGGCGUGACACACCUUUCAGGAAGACGUGUUCCUGGUUAUUUUCUUCAGCGGGAUCCCUGCAUUUGUUUGUUUUCCGUUUAUCUGUCCCUUGGAAAAUCAUGGUAGCAUCCCUCUGAAAGGUGACCCUUGCUCAUGAUUUCAGAGGACUUACGUAUUUUCUUAGCUAUUUUUUCUGUGUACCACGUUGUUUAAUUUGUGUGUGUAGUUACUUGAACUCAGACUAUUGGCUCAAUACUGGUGUGCCAAACAAUGGCUCUGCUUCUUAUGGUACAGACUUAGUGUCCUGCUUACUGUUUUCAACUUUAAUGCGGUAAGUGUUGCAGUGUGUGGGUUGCUCUUUAUUCAGAAACUACUGUCCUUUCUCUGUGCUUAACUUGCUAAAAAUAAAUUCCCUUACCUGUGUAAUUCCUGAGCGGUGCUCUGCUGACCUUUGAGAGAGGAGGGGUUUGGAUGGCUGUUACUACACACUGGAUCUGGAAUUGUUUAGUGUUGUGAGUGGCAGAUUUCUUAAAACACCAGCAGCACUGAGAAGUGCACUACGGGCAUUUGUAAAGUUAGUUGUCCAAAUGCAAGCAGUACUUUCAUCCAAAUGAGGUGUGUCGGGUUCAAUAGGAGUACUUUUGAGUAUCUCAAGGAGGACAAAUGAGUAACUCUGUUGUAUCUGAAGUGGGGUAGCCCUUUCUCCACCCCCCUUUUGUUUUUGUUUUUUAAAGAUAAAAUAUACCCUUUCUUUCUUUGAAAAGGCCAGGAUGUUUGAUUAUAUUGACCAGAGAUUAAGUCGUAUCUAGUUUUCAACUAUAUAAGUGCCAAGUAAUUGUCCAUGGACAUUUUAACCAUUUGAUUAGGGAAGAGAUUAUUUAUUUUUGUUUCCUGGCAUUAAGAUGAUUAAUUUAUUGUUUUGCAUACACUUGAGUCAUUCUGUGGCCUAUAUAGUGUUUUUGUAACUAACUAUACAGUGGUCUAAAAGCAAAGCACAUGACCCUAAGACUAAGCAAGAUGUUUCAGUAGUUCUCCCCGUGAAUACUUGAUCAUUUCUAUUAAUACUGUUCAAAGCAGAUUCUACUGUUUUAGGUUGUGUAUUUAUUUUUCCCCCUAAGAAAAAGCGAAGCACUAAAUCAACUUGUGUUCUGAUAAUCAUUUACAAUCUUAAGCUUUCCUUUCUUCUUUUCUUAGAUGAUUUAAUGAAGUGCCAUGUAAUUGUAGCUUACUAAUUAAUGUUUGAUAGACUGGUUCUGUGAUAUUCUAAACAUUUAACCCUUUCUAGUCAUCUCUGGAGAAGAUGGUUCUACUCUCAUUCUCUCUGAUAAAAUCACCAGCUGCUUUUAUUUUUCUAUUUAUUACACAGUUGAUAAGGUCUAGAUCUUGACCGAACUGCUCAGCUGAGAUGUUUUCAAAGUGGACACUAUAGAAAAUGUGUGUGCAAAAGGACACAGUUGGGGGGUGGUAUUCUUUUUCAUUAAUGUGAACAUUGACUAAACAAAGCAGUCCUGCCUUUUAAAUCUUGUGGCAGCUCAGAAGGGAGGUGCUUAAGAACCUUAACUAUUAUGUCAGAUGACAAAAUACUUUUUUUCCAUUUUGGAGAUUGGGUACUGCUCACACAUGAUGUAUAGGGCUAAAUAUAUGCUUGUUUCCUUGCACCUGUGUACUCUUCCCCUUCUCUCCCACUUUUCCUUUCCCUGUAGGCAAUAAAUGGCCAUUUUGCAACCGCA